AUGUCCGACUCCAUCCCCCUCAGCUCUCUGCCCCGGAUAUCGCCCGACGCGUAUGCCUUAUCAGACACUGAACACGAUCGGCCGCCGAGUAUCCUCGAAGAUGAUGCACCUCCAGACUAUCAUCCCCCAAAGGAGCCGACGAGUUUGGAUCUCCACCCCCGCUCACGCCAUGCCCUCCUCCUCUCGCUGUUCUACGCUGCCAUUACCCUCGCACCUUGGGUAAUCAUUUGCCUUUUGAACAACCAUCCCAUUGGCGGCGACCGCUACGGGGCCCGUACCGGAGACGACACCAACUACCACCGGUAUUACGCGGAGGAGACACAGAUGCCCUACGAGAGAAGUGAGCGCUGGUACUAUGCCGCUCGAAUUAUCCAAGCAAUCGCCAGUGUCGUCACGCUGCCUCUGACCUCGGCCGUUUGCGCCAGCGCAGCAGUGGUCUUCAUGCAGCGUCAGGAACGACUCACGAUCCCGCAAUUGAUGGCCCUGGCCGACCGAGGGUGGCUGGACUGGGCGACAUACGGAAGGAUCGCGAGCUUUCAAUGGAACCGGUACGGGAGCUCUUUUCUGCUAUCCGCCAUCGUGGUGAACCUGCUUGGUCUGGUUAUCUCGCCGCUACAGUCCAUCUUCCUGUCGUCGGAAGUUGUCAAGACGCCGACUACCAUUCAGGGUACAGGGUAUCUGAUUGAUCUCCCCACGCAGUUUGGCGAGUCGUCGCGUUACACACCCUCGAAGGAUAACAACCUUGUCACGAUUGAAACGCGUGCCGCCCUUGACACAGCGAGCCCUAGCGACAGACACGCUCAUCUCUGGACAAGAGACGGUAAUGCUAGUGCUUGUGCCCCAUAUAUCUGCGUGGGGCAGGGAGCGAGCUUUGGCAACAUCCCCGAGAUGCCUGAUCCAUUCCUCGCCGAAUUACCCAGCGGUUUCAACACCGGGCUGAUUCGCCAGUUCCUGCCUCGGGUCAACUCGACAGCUCGGUGGGAAGAGAUUGAACAAGCCGACUUUCCCGAUGGCUGCGACCAGACUGUCAACGCGUUCUUCGUCGAGUACAGCAACACCAGUCUGUAUACUCCCACUAGCGACAUGCUGCUGACCUGGGGUCUAAGGGCCUGCAUGCCUGCCGAUGUCACGCAAUCGCCAUGGACGCCCACUCGCGACCGGCACAGUUUCUCCGAGGAGCUUUAUCUCGAUGUCCGGUUGGACCACUAUGGUGGUCUUCCUCCAAGACAUGACUUUUUUCGCGUGACCCUCGACACGACGACGGGGUAUUUCGAGCUGCCGAAUUACAUGAACGACGGCAUCCCCGGGUCCUUGUUGGAUAAAGACCCCACCGAGCUCUGCGAUGAUCAAUGUCAAGAUCAAGGCGGUAUCAGAAAUCCCAACAGCAAGGCGCGGCGCACCACCAAGAUCACCUCCGCUACCGAUCUUCUCCAGGAAGUUCAACACAAGGGCCCACUUCUAGUGAUAGCCAUGGCUCUCUUCGGCGACGGUUCAUUCAUCGAAACGCGUGCGCGCCAACCAGAAGCCUACUCAGGCACCAUCUUGCCCGACUUCAACAGCGAUUCGCCGUAUCCUGACGGAAUGAGCGCCUGUAACCACUUAGCCCCCCUCGGCCAUUUCCUGCCAGGUAGCAACAGGUUCGGCGACUGCAUUGCCAACUCCAAAGGAGGGGCAAACGGCUCCGACAUCCGCGAUGUAGUCGCAGAAUGGCUGCGUACUUUCCAAGCUGAUGCCCCACAACUGGCCAAUGCGUUUACGGCCGCCGCCUAUCUUGCGCACAAAGCCUGGAUGGAUCAGGGCGCUGUGGAGCCAGACUCCUAUCUCGACCGUUUCUCUGUCAGCCUUGACAUGGGUGUGGAUCGGGAGAAACCCGUCAUCUCGCAGGUCGGCAUCAUCGUCAUCUCUACUCUUCUCGGAAUUCACGUCCUAUCCCUCCUCGCGCUCGGUGUCUAUGCGGCCUGGGCACCGCGAUGGACAAAGCGGCUCGAUUCGUUCGCGAUCAUGCGGAUUGGCGCCUCGAUUGCAAAACAUGUACCCUUGUGGAUGGUCCACAAGACCGGUAUGGUCAAAGAGCUGGAUGCCGUGCCCGGGUGGAUUGGAGACCAAAUGCCUGAGAGCGAAGACGUGGGUGUACUCGGUCUCGGGGGGCCGAUGAGGGUGAGGAAGGGGAGGAAGUACCUUUCGUAUCAUAAUAAGCCGCGGAAGAAUUACUAG